CUCUGGCAUGUGAUCGCUGUCGUCAGUUCGAGGAGGGUGUCAGUUUCAGAAUGCGGUGAUCCCCGCGGAUCCUGAUGUGGUAGAGGGAAGGAGAGGAGGUUCAUGGAAGCUGGGGGGGAUAUGGCUGAGAGAGAGCCGGAGCCCCACACUCUCUGCCUGUUUGAUGUGGACGGCACUCUGACUGCAGCAAGACAGAAAAUCACGCCUGAGCUGGACGAGUUUUUCCAGCGGCUCCGGACCAAGGUGAAGAUCGGUGUGGUGGGUGGCUCUGAUUACAUCAAGAUCGCGGAGCAGCUGGGGGAAGGAGAGGAAGUCAUUCAGAAAUUCGAUUACGUCUUCGCCGAAAACGGAACAGUCCAGUACCGAGACGGAAAGUUCAUCACAAAGGAGGCUAUUCAGAACCAGCUCGGUGAGGAGUUGCUGCAGGAGCUGAUUAAUUUCUGUCUGGGCUACAUGGCUCUCAUUAAACUGCCAAGGAAAAGGGGCACCUUUAUCGAAUUCCGGAAUGGGAUGCUGAAUGUAUCUCCCAUCGGCCGGAGCUGCACCCUGGAGGAACGUAUCGAGUUCUCCCGGAUUGACAAGACAGACACCUCCCUCCUUGUCUGGGGUCUGACAUCUUCCAGGUUGUCCAGGGGAGAGCUGUCGCAAACUGCGGUAAAGUCCAACGGCAAAGUUAACGGCCUGACCUUCUGCCGUAAAGUGGCAUUCGCCCGCCGGCCCCCGACCGGCUGCCGUAAAGUGGAUUUCGGCCGGUUGCAGGGAUCGAAUGGCAACGUGAAAAGGUUCGUGGGAGCCGGGAGCCCGGGGGUGGGAGCCGGGGGCCCGGGGGUGGGGGCCCGGGGAUGGCUUUGGGGCAAGGAAUGA